AUGUCAGGAGCCAUUGUGCCAUCGGCCGGCCAGGAGCAGCGCCGGCCAUGCGAUGUAGCGACGUUUCAGAGGAGCAACGUGCACAUCCUGCUGUCGGAUAAGGACACGGAGUCACGCCAAAAUGUUCUCGAACUGCUUCGCCGCUGUUCGUACCGAGUGACGGCCGUCGAGAAUGCACGACUGGCGUUGCAACUGCUGCGGUCGUCGAGCGACACGAUAGAUUUGAUUCUGGCGGAGGUGGAGCUGCCGAACGGCAAGGGGUACAAGAUGCUCAAGAUCAUCAUGCGCGAGGAGCGCCUCAAAAACAUCCCCAUCGUCAUGAUGUCGACGCGCGACGAGAUGGCGAUCGUGGUCAAGUGUCUGCGCCUCGGCGCGGCGGACUUUCUCGUGAAGCCGCUGCGCACCAACGAGCUGCUCAACCUCUGGACGCACAUGUGGCGCCGCCGCCGAUCCGUGGGGUUGGGGGAGGCUCCGCGGAACAUGAUGGCAGUGAGCGCAAGCGAGGUGGCGCACGACCUGGUGUUCGUGGAUACGAGCGAGUCGAACACGGGCACCGGCAGCACGGACCUCUUCUCCGAAGAGACGGACGAUAAGCGCCGCAGCAGCGUGCAGCAACAGCACCUGCAGCAGCAGCUUCAGGAGCAGCAGGAGCAGCAGCAGCAGUUGCAUGAGCUGGAGCAGCAGCAGGAGCAGGUGCAGGCGCAGAGGCGGCAGCAGCUUGUGCUGCAGGAGCAGCAGCAGCAGAAGCAGCAGCAAGUGCUAGUGCGGAAGGAAAGGGAGGAGGUGACGGAGUCGGAUGGAGAGGAGAGGAAGGAGGCGGGGCAAAACAAGAGGAAGGAAGCGGAGAGACAAGCAAAGGACACGUGGGGAGUGGGAAGGGACGACGUGUGGCGGAACAGAGCUGCGCGGGGAGUGGCGGAGCAGGGGGAAGAGGGGAAAGAGAUAUAUGCGGAAGAAGAGAUGGCGGAAGGGGAGGGGGAGGGGGAGGAAGUGGAGAUGAUAUUAGAGCGGCAGGAGCGAGAGCAGGCGGAGGCGAAGGAGGGCGGGCAGCAGCGGUGUGAGCUCAUGCUGCUCGAGACGCGAGACGCGCCCGGGGGGAAAGGAGCGGGAGUGGAAGAGAGGGAAGAGAGCGACGCGGAUGAGCAGCCGUUGAAGCAGCGGCACGUGGCGGCGCAGCGAGAGGGGGGGACGGCGGGGGGAGGUGGCGGAGUGGCGCACGGUGGAGCGCACGAGAGGAGGAGCAAGCUCGGCGCGCAGGACAGGGCGGAGCAGGAGGAGGUUGAGGGCCAGCCGCAGCCAAUGCCUGCGCUCGAGCUCUCGCUCAUGCUGCCACAUGUCGCGCUGCCGUUGGACGUGCCAUUUGCGUCCGAACGCCGUCUGCCGCCCGACCGAGCCGCGCUCGAGACCCCACGCCCCGCCAUCCCCCCCGCUACGGCCGCCACUCUCCUCGCGCUCUGCACCUCCGCCGUGGGCGCCUUAACAUCCGCGCCACCGCGCACCACACACAUGGCCGCGACAGCUGCCGCUGCUGCUACAACUGCAGCUACAUCAGCCGAUGAUGCUGCUGGUGCCAGUGCCCGUGGUGUGGCAGGCGCAGCAGCAGGUGAUGCUGGUGCCGCGAGUGCAGUGGCAGCAGACCUCUCCUUGUUGCCCGCCUUCCCUCCCACCGCGCACCCCCUGCUCCCUCCGCCACACCACAUGCUGCUGCGCCGAGCAGUCUCCCACGAACCCACCUCCGCGCCUCUCUUCCCCGUCGCCCGCCCUUCCCCAUCCCCGCCCCUCCACGCGUCCCGCGCCCUCCCCACGCGCGCCUCCCCGCACCCUCCCGGCUCCGCAGCCGCUGCCACUCUUCUCCCCGCCUCGAGUCCCCUUCUGCCCUUCCGCCUCGCGCCCUCGCCCCCCUCUGCGCCGUCUGCGCCGUCUGCGCCCUCGCUUCACUCCCCGCGCGCGCACCACGCGUUCCCCACGCGCACCAUCAGCCAGCCCAUCCUCCCCUCGGCGUCCGCCGCCAGCCCUCCCGAACUCCGCCUAUCCUAUAGCCCGCCCGCGCCUGCACCCGCGCCCGCGCCCAGCCCGCCCGCGCCAGCUUCCGCUGCUGCGCGCGCCUCACAUACCGCCGGGCGCGCUGCUCUGAGUCGCUCAGCGAGCGCGGAGCAGGCCGCGGAGAGGAGCGAGGCGCAGGGCGCGGGCGCCAAGGGCGCGGAACCCGCGCCCACGACGGGAUUGCCUUUCGCCGGGCGACGGAGGUCGCCUGCACGGCUGGUCUCGAGGGCGGGUGCAGUUGCUGCUGCCCCCGCUUCUGCUUCCGCUUCUGCUUCCCCUCCUGUGUCUGCUCCUGCGUUGAAACGGGGAGGUGGUGAGGCGAUGGCAGGACGGGGAAGGGUGGCUGGAAGUGACGCGAAGAGACAACAGCAGCAGCAGCAGGGCAGCGAGGUAGCAGGGAGGAGGAGUCCUGCAAUCGCGGGUCGGAACCGGGGCAGUCCCCCUUCCCCCUCCGCCAGCGCCACACCUCCGCGGACGGCCUCACGCGCAGCAGCGCGCGCGCCUGCAAGCCCUGGGGGACUGCAGUCGCGCCUGGGGGCGGCGCAGCAACGUGCUGCUGGCGGGCUGUGUGGUGGAGGGAGGGGAGGGGUCGCGGAAGGUGCGGGGGUUUUAGUGGGAGGGGAAGGCAAAGCAGGCAGAGACGGGACGCACGGGGCUCACGGCAUGGCGCAGAGCAUGGCACAAGGCACAGGACAAGGCUUGGCACAGGGCGCGGCUAGGUAUGGUGAGGGGGCAGAGACGAAUGUGAGUGGCGUCAGCAGUGGCAGCCUUGUAGCCGGGCACAGUGCAGCCUUCUGGAACCACAUGAUCGACCGCAGCGGCCUUAGGGGGUACCUGCCCCACUCGCUGCCCCACUCCCUGCCCCACUCCCCGCCCGCCAUGCCUGCUCCUGCUCCGAACCUGCGCGCCGGAUCGCCGAACCUGCCCAAUGGAGCGCCGAGUCUGCGUGGCGGCGUGGGCAGCUUGGCGGGUUAUAAGAGGCAACUAUCAGGGGCAGCACGUGUGGAGCAUGGGUCCGGACAUGGGUCUGGACAUGGGUCUGGACUGGGUGCCAAGUCGCCCUCCCCUGCUCCCUCUCCUGCUGCUACGCCAUCUGCUGCUUCUGCUCCCUGUGCUCCAUCUGCUGCUUCCAGUGCCGCUGCCGCCACUGCGGCUACUGCCGCGGCAGCAGCGGGUGCUAUUGCUACAGCGCAACGCCAGGCAGUACCUGCCUUCCCGCGUCCCACCGUGCUCCCACCGGCGCCGCUGCGAGAUCGCUCUCCGUUCUCCUCUGCUCACCACGCCCACACGCACUCCUCCUCUGACCUCUUUUCUGCACAGCACGCUCCACCCACCCACACCACUCCUGACCGCUGCUUCUCCACCCAACACGUGCUGCAGCAACAGCAACAGCAGCAGCAGCAACAACACCAACAACAGCAGCAGCAGCAGCAGCAGCAGCCUGAUUUUAACUCGCCUCCCUCCGUGCCUGCUCUCUCUCUUCACUCCAACCUCGCAGUAGCUGCAGCUGCUGCUGCCGCUGCCGCUGCUGCGUCGGGCCUGCCACCACAGCAUCCCAUCGUGCAAUCACUAGCAGCCGCGGCCGCUGGCAAUGCCAUGCAGCAAAUGCAGCAACAGCAGCAGCAGCUGCAGCAGCAGCAGCAGCUGCAGCAGCAGCAGCAGUACCGCCCGUCUCACCAUUCGCAUGCUCUGGCUGCAGCAGCAGCUACGUUCGCCCAUCUCCCCCCAGAUGCAGCAGCAGCCGCCGUCGCAGCCUUCUCUCGCCUCCCUCCCGAAGCCCUUGCAGCAGCAGCUGCUGCUGCUGCAUCAUCCAACCACGCACACGCCUCCCUCCCUCUCCCUUCCUCCCUCCCACCUGCUAACCCCUUCUCCUUCCUCUCGUCCCUUGCUGCCGCUCCAGCCAUAUCCCCGUCCCUGCCGUUCCCCGGAAUGACAGCAGCAGCGCAGUUUCUAGCGCCGGGAGCAGCAGCCGCUGCAGCUGCAGCCGCGGCGGCAGCGGCGGCGGGGGGGAGCAUGGGUGCAUUUAACCCGGCCAUGCCUUUCCCCUCAUGGCCCGACCCCUCUACCUCUGCCAUGCUUUUCAACCCAACUACUGACGCUGCUUCUGGGGGGGUAGCAGGAGGAAUGGGCGGAAUGGGAGGAACAGGAGGGAUGGGAGGAAUAGGCGGAAUGGGAGGAAUGGGAGGAAUGGGAGGUAUGGGAGGUAUGGGGGGCAUGGGGGGAAUGGGAGGAAUGGGGGGAGGGGUGGUGGGUGCAGUGGGAGGAGGAGGGGCAAGUGCAGGUGGGGAUAGGUUGAUGGAGAGGCGGGUGGAGGGAUACCAGCGUCGGGAGGCAGCACUGAACAAGUUCAGGCAGAAGCGCAAGGAGCGGUGCUUUGAGAAGAAGAUUCGGUACGUGAGCCGAAAGAGACUUGCAGAGAUGCGACCGCGAGUUAAGGGGCAGUUUGUGCGGAAGAAAACGGCGGGGAAAGGGCAUGGCGGGCAGCAGGAGAGCGAGGAGGAGGACGAGGAAGAGGAGGAGGAUGAGGAGGAAGAGGAGGAGGGAGGGAACGAGUAG